AAAGAACGGAUCAGUUUAUCGCUACAAAAAGGUAUAUCUACAAAACUUCAUGCCUGGUCAGGCAUGUAUAGAUAUUUAGGAUCAUCACAGAUCAAUCAGUUGACAACAUGACACGGUGAACGGCAGAGGUGUUAAACAUGCCAAUAGGUAGUCCUGCUUCGGAUAAAUAUGUGGUAUAUACUUUGGAUAAUAAUGAAGAUACAUGCAGCAGCUCCGGAUUAGAAGAUGGACAAAUAGUGUUCCGUGAUCCCGAACAUGUUUCUUUGCAAGAAAAGCCAGAUUUGAAGAGAAAUGGAAACGGUAGAAUCCGUUCCAUUUCCUUUGAAUCGAGCUCGCACUGGGGACAGAAAGGUUCUAUGCGAAUGAAAUGUUGUUGUUUUUGGAAUAUAAUAUUAGUUAUUGCAUUAGUGUCUGUUACUGUAAAUUUUAUUAUUACACUUGGCGACUAUAAAAACUUAAAAUCAUCGUGGGCAAAUAUAAACAAUACUGCUAAUCAGGCUGAAGCAACACUUAGUACCGUAUCGCCAACGCCCGCUGACGUGAGACAGGAACACAUUAACUUUAAUAGAUACAAGGUUUGUGAAACGUCUGAUUGUAUCCACCAAGCAGCGUCGGUCUUAUCACGGAUGAACACGAACGCAAACCCAUGUGAGGAUUUUUACGAAUUUGCAUGUGGAGGCUUUCAUCACCAAUCACAUCUGUCAUGGGAAAGCCAAAGAGUCCGAGAAGUCCCAGACGUUUUACGGGAGAAGUUCGGAUCUUAUUUAGAAGAUUCAUUGUCAACACCAAUUUCAUCUACUGAAUCAGAAGCUCGCAGAACUGUUAAAGUACUAUAUAGAGAUUGCAAAGACGAGAAAGAAACAUUAGUAACAGCCCGGGAGAAGCUAAGAAAUCUCCUAGUCACCGUGAAGUCCAAUAAUGGGGUGAAUAUGAAAAAUGAGACGAAGAACUACGUCACAAGAUUACUAGCUAUAGUUAUGAAGCAGUAUGGAGCUACGCCUCUCUUCAAAGCAAUAGUUAAGAAAAAUGGAGAUAUCACCAUUACCAACAGAUAUUCCAACGAUUUAGUGGAAGAGUUGUUUGCCCACGGAGUAGAAAUCCCUAGCUUCCGUUACUUAAUGCCUGCAGAUUUCAACUUUAGAUAUCCACCCGAUAAGGUUCUUCAUGCUUAUGAAUAUUUUUUGUCUGAAGCAUUACUUGCUGUAUUCGGGAACACUAGCUUUAAUUCAGAUGUUGAUGGCUUACUCCAAGCAACAAGCGAGGUAUUCGAGUUAGAAAUGUCACUGAAUAAGGUUUGGUAUUCCGACGGUGGAGUUAAUUAUUCGGAAGAAAUAUCGUUUUGCAAAAACAGGAUGACUAUAUCUGACCUACAACGUUUACAUGAAGGAUAUAAUAUCAACUGGAUUUUAUUUUUCUCUACUCUGUUAGAUAAAACAGUGGACGAGAACUUCGAACUAUGCCAUGUUGACUUAGUGUCUGACAUUUCGUCUGUGAUCUCAGAAGCAAAAGUGGAGUUAGUUAUAAAAUACAUUUUAACUCAUACUUUUGUCAAUUCAGAUGUAUAUAAGUAUGUAUAUAGACAUUUUCCAAAAUUUAUUAAAUCAACAAGUGUAUAUAAAACAAAAGAUUCCGAUUAUGAUAAUUCAUAUUGUAUUUCAUUAUUAUCAAAAUAUUUUCCGUUAUCUGCAAUAUUUUUAUCAAACCAGAGCACGUAUUUCGAAAGUGUUUCUAGGAAACUAUUUUCCAGUUUGAAAGAAUCUCUUAUGCAGACUAUACAAGAUCAGUACUGGAUACCAGAGCUACAGCGAAAUGACAUAAUUUCACAUACAAUACAUGUUAAUUUAUCUUUUAAUUGGAAUAACAAUUAUAACAAAGACUAUAGCUAUAUGACUAACAAUUAUCAGGAAAAUGUGAUUGGAGCAUUGGAGAGUAAAUACUCAUCUGACAUGAAAGGAAUUCAUUUUGUUUCCGCAUUCGAUCAAAGUAUUGCAUCGUAUAAUUCCUGGAACAGAGAAAUUGAAAUAUCAUCGUUAGGUUUACAAAAUCCAGUGUUUUACAAUUCCUCUCCUGAGACACUACUUUAUGGGUCUGUUGGAGGUCUUGUAUCACAAGCAUUAGCAGAAGUGUUUGAUUUAAACGCUCUUCUUUCACACUAUAUUAGUGGUACCAUUGACAAAAGUGUCGUGUAUACAAUUGCUCAUCAUCUAGAGUGCUUAGCUGAGUUCUACAAUGCAUAUAAAUAUUCCAAUGAUCAAGGAAGAAUAAUCCAUGUUCGUGGAGAUUUAACAAAAAGCAGUAACUUUAGAGAUAUUUUGUCAAUACAUCUAGCACAGAGAACAUUUCAGAAAGGUCUUCCAUUAGUUAAAGUAUUAGACUUACCUGGUGUUAACUACACAGAGAGUCAAACAUUCUUCAUAUCUUACGCACAGCUUUUCUGUGAAAAAGUGACACCAAAGGGUAUUACCCAAUACUAUGUAAACAACGAAGCUAGUAAGACGCCAUUGCCAAAUGAAUUCAGAAUAAAAGGAAUGAUGUCAAACAUGAAACAUUUUGCUGCUGCAUUCCAUUGUCCAGCUAGUAGUCCAAUGAAUCCACAAAACAGAUGUCCACUGUUUUAACUCGCGCAAUUACAUUUCUGUUGUUAAACUUAGACCCUAUGAUUUGUUAAACAACUUGAUGAUGAUGUUUAUUUCAGUGAUUUACAAAUAAAAUAACUUGACCGAUGGAGAAUUGAAAUUAGGUGCAAUAUUGCCAUACAAAUAUAGUGAUAUCAAAUAUAGUUAUCAACUUGUGUUUGGCUUGAUAACAAUGAUAGUUUGUUUGUAGCUAAAAGUAUCAGUUUUUAUAGAAUUAAUAGUAUGGAAAGGCUUGUAUUGUAUAGUGCUUUAGUUUGUGAAAGUAUUAUGCUGUAUGAUAAAUAGAAAGUAAGUAUGUGUAAUGUGUGUCAUCAGUGUCGUUUAAAACAGUCAGGUUUUUUUAGGUGCUAUUUACGUUAGAAUAUACUUCAAAACUAGUAAAUUGGUACAUCAGUUAUGUAAAAUCUGUCUAUUCUUUUGUUUCUUUUAUAAUAUAACUUCCCUGAAAUCCGUAAAUAUAACAAUUUCAAGAUAGGCGUAUAAAUAACAACAUAAGUGAAAGAAAAGUUAAAAAACGAGACUUUUGAAAACAUUUUAAAGACAAAAAAAGAAUCCUCUAUGGUGAAUUUUGGCUGAGAAAAAAAAGUCAAAGAACAGCUACACAAUCCUUCAACUGAAAAUAUAUAAUGAAAGCUAUAAUUUGAAUCAUGACACUACAGGUCUCUGCACUUCCGCGGAAUUAUAGUCUGCCAACAAAAGUUUCGAUCCAGUUAUAAUUAUAUAAAUGUGCAUUAUUAACUUUAGUGCGAACAACGCGUGUAAGCGAUUCCAUGGUUAACAAAAUAGCUUUGAUCAUACAAUUUAAAAAACCCAACUAAAUGCUGAAUUCUUGAAUUACUGAUGAUGAUAAUGAUUACUGUAUUGAUUGGCGAUCAUGAUUUUAAUUAUCAUUCCCCCAUUUUUUACUUAAAGUUUAUUCACUGGUAUAUUUGAGAUAGGUGAAUGAUACGUUAUGAAUGCAUGUUGAUAAAGGGAAAUGAUAUGUUUGUCAGUAUUAUAUUUUGUUGAUUUGACACCGUAAUAUUUAAUCAUUUUGUUACUUUAUAUAUACAAAUAAAAUUUUAUUGCUAUUUUUCAAA